AUGUCAGAUAUGGAAUCGCAGAUGCCCCCUUUAAUUUUAGAAUGCGAAAGUCUAUACAUCACACUAAACGGACUCGAAAACGACGAGACUCGGUUCCAUUGGAGAUUUUAUUUAUGGAAAGAUCUUGCUGCCAAAUCAGAUGGUAUUGGAAAAUACUUUCAUGCCACUGACAGAAAUAGUCCGCACAAGUUUUCGUAUGAAGAUACACGCAACUCUGAUAUACAAGGAGCCAUAAGGUUGCGUGUAGCAUUGAAGAUUGCUAUCGUCACGCCUGCACACUGGGAUGGGCUAGGAGAGUUAUUGAGUCGGGUACCCAUGCAUGCAUCAACCACUUGUCGUACUUGGGGUUUGGAAGCACUCAAAGUCCUUGAUGAAGAAGGGAUUGCCAAGUUGAAGAAUGAUGGCAUCAAAAGCAUCGAACGGGAAUGUCUGAAAUAUGCAAGAAUUGGGGAAAGAAUCAUCGAGAAAAGCAAUCACUGUAAAUUUUGA